UCCCUUCAGCUGAUCGUAUCAUAACGCCACUGAGAAGGUUGCUCUGAAAUCGAUGACCUUGAAUGUGACAACUGACUAGUUUUACUUUUCUUCUAAAAGUGUUUCAUUCAACUAAGAAACACAUCAACACUUUCACUGUUCUUGGUACAACAUCGAGACAAAAGUGCAAACUAAUUAACCGGGACUAGUUCAUGUGUAGUGUCGUGUCCGUUUCAAGUCCAUUUCCAGACAAAGAAACGUGUUCCUACGAGGUUCCCUCGUAAUCAGAACUGCUACAUAUUGAACUGUGUAAUAAUAUAACAAUUUGUUCUUUCAUACUUAGGAUGAUUUCAAAGUAUGUGAGUCAAGUCAGUAUGUGUAGUUUGAGAGUAGUCCCUGAACUAAACAUUACAGAUGUGAUGCUGAAUGCUGUGUAUAUUGAUUUGUCAACGGGUCGAACAAUUCACUCUACAUAUACAAAAGGAAAACUUCCAGUCCCCGAAGCAGGUGACUGCUAUACUGCCGACAGCUGGUUACACACCCUUCCUCCGCGUGUAUUGUAUGUAUAAUAAUGUCACACACUCGCGUCUAUGCCGGCUUCGAUUAUACACUGCGCCAUGUGGUCUCAACAAUAACGUCGAUAUAUGAACAAAUAUGUUAUUGCAGUUUUCCACCUAGUCAUGUGGUAUGCACGUAUUUGCGCGUUUAAUUUCGGACUAACUGGCGACAUGGAUAUACUGAUGUGACAUUAAUUUUCUCAAUCUCGAAUGAGUCAGUGAUUGGCUGCUCUAAAAGAUUUACGAUAAUCAUUCUAAGUGUAAAAAGGCAAAAAAGAAUGAGAAACAUUGUGGUUGAGUGGAAGAAAUCGUCGCUUAUGAAUGGACUCUUGCUCACCGAGUGUCAUAACCAGGCGUGUUGAGGGUCGCGCUGUUGAGUUGGAAUCCCAUGUUCAUGGAUGUACAGUAACACCAUGAAGAUCAACAUUGAAUGACUUCGGUGUGGAUGACCACCAUCAUCACAUUCUUUCAUCAGCCAUGUAUUCCCGUGGAGGCGUUGUCCUUGCAUGUCUGUUGCAUGCAGCAAUUGCAUUUCAGUUCACGAGGGAGCCGAGUGAUGUCGUUGUUGGACUUAACAGUUCCGUCUGGUUUGACUGUAAGGCAACAGAUGAUGAUAUAAAGAUUGUUUACUACAGCUGGCGGUUUAGAGACGCUGACCUUGUCCCCGAUGAGAACACCGAGAUCCAUGCUAACGGCAGUCUUCUGGUGAAAAAUGUUCAGAUGCACAACGCCGGGGCCUAUGGCUGCAUCGCCCUCACAGGGAGGCAAAGCAUUUACUCCAGACUAGCAAACCUCACACUAGCUACCUUGCGGCCCUUUACAGUUAUGCCUGUCAGCGGCACAGCAAGAGUAGGGGUAUCAACUUCCCUGGAGUGUGCCGUGGAGAGUGUACCCCUACCGGUCAUUGAGUGGGUAAAGAAUGGCUUGAUGAUCACGUCAGGGGACGUAACACAGACUGGAUAUAGAAGCAGACUGACUAUCUCGACUGUCACAUACACAGACCAAGGAUACUACAGCUGUGUGGCCACGAACACAUUCCUCCACCAGACUGCCAACAGUAGCCAGGCAUUUCUCACAGUUGAAGGCAAACCUGUUCUGGUGCAUCCCCCUGGAAACUUGACUGUUCCUGAGAUGUAUACGGCAGUGUUCGAUUGUAUCGUCAUAGGUAACCCCCGACCCAAUGUGGAUUGGCUCAAGGUUAAUCUGAACGGUGUCCAAACUCAACUGCCGCUCCAAGGAAGAAUAUCUAAAUACCCAAACGGGACGCUAGUAUUACGUGGCGCCAUUAAGGACGAUACAGGAAGAUACACUUGCCUUGCCCGGAACGGUUUUGGGGAGGACAGUGCUACCGCCAGUCUCGCCGUAGAAGGACCAGCACAUGUGCCAGUGAUAACUAUAUUUCCGAAUAGCAGCUUGACAACGGAGUUAGGGUCUGCUGUCUUAUUGCAAUGUUUCGCAGACGGGAACCCAACUCCUCGUAUCAACUGGAAGAAGGCUAACGGCUCGCUCUCCUCCAACGUGGCGGUGACAGGUGGGGAGCUGGCUUUGCCUGCUGUCAAGAGGGAGGACGACGGGGUAUACAUUUGCGUGUCUAUCAACGAUCUUGGUCGAACACAGAAAAACCUUACACUUUCUGUACAGUAUGGUCCUGACUUGGAUGAAGGCCCUGUCAGCCAAGAGGUUGAGCUGGGAUCAGCUGUAGUGUUAGCUUGUGCGGCUACUGCAAACCCUCCGCCUGUGUACACCUGGGACACACCUGCAGCAGGUAACGUGAGUGUCUCCAGUGGCAGUGUUGGUGGAAUGAAAGUAACUGAUGAGGGUAGUCUACAAAUUGAAAAAGCCAGCCCCUCCCACCAUGGCACUUACACGUGUGUGGCAUCAAACAGGAUCGCAGCCAUCACAACAUCAGCUGUUCUCAGUGUGAAAGGACCCCCGAUCUUUACAUCAACACCAGCUGGCCAGUUGGUCAGUGCUGGGGAGACGGUCGAAUUCACAUGCAAGGCGUCUGGUUAUCCAUCUCCAAGUAUCUUGUGGACCAAAGGUGGUCAACUGUUACGUACUGGUGACAAAUAUGAGGUGGCGGCAAGUGGAACCUUGACGGUACGAAGGGCAGGGAAGGAGGACGCGGGUAUCUACAGAUGUUUCGCAAAGAAUACAGCAGGACAGAUAGAUGCUCCAGCAACUCUAAAUAUCAUAAAAUUUCCAUAUUUCGAGCUACCAUCGUCCAAUCUGACGGUAGGUUUAGGUGGCGAUGCUAAACUGGACUGCCGAGCCAUGGGGGACCCAGUCCCUACACAGAAGUGGGAACGGAAUGGCAGUGCUGUGAUUAUAGAUGACAACAUGCAAUUGUUCACCAACCACACACUGUUGAUAGAUGACAUACGGACCUAUCAGUUUGGAGAGUACACUUGUGUGGCGGUAAAUAUGGGUGGAGUCAAUUCAACAACACUUACAAUAAUCCCCGGGGAGUUUCCCUACCUCAUCACCAGACCCACGAACGCCACCUCUAUUCUGGGGACCAAUGUAACGUUGCAGUGUAGGGGACAAUCCGGGAAUCCCUUCUCUAUGCGAUGGGCGAAAACCAGUGUAGGUGACGGCCAAGGGAGUAUCAAUAUCAGGAGCAACACCGAAGAGGAGCAGACAGCAAGAGUGACAGUAAAGAGGAAUGGAGACCUGCAGUUUAUUAGUAUCAGAAAGUCUGACGAAGGGUGGUACACGUGUUCCGCCGUAAACAAAGAGGGUAACGUGACAGCGGAUCCCGUCUACGUACGAGUGCACACUCCGCCUCAAAUACUGUCCACCAACAGUCCAGUGUCUGUUCUCGCAAAGAGUCAGGUCAAACUCAGCUGUAAUGUCUCGGGUGACCCUGCACCAACCUUAAAGUGGAAGUCACCUGCGGGAACGCAGGUCACCCCGAUCACGGUUAAAUACAUACCUGCAGGCUUGGAUCUCACCAUUACAUCUGUUGAUUCAAGGGAAGAUGGGGGAUGGUGGACGUGUGAGGCAUGCAAUGUGGUGGCAUGUGCGAUGGGUGGAGUACAACUUCUCAUAGAAGGAGAGCCGGUGAUACGCACUGACCAAUCUCUGCGGAAUGCUACAACCAUUGCAUUGGUGUGCCGGGCGUUUGGACUGCCUAUCCCCAACUUAACGUACUCACGAGGGUCUACAGUCAUUGACAGGUCUACUCUUGGACACAGAGUGGAGGGGCAAUGGCUCUACAUAUCGGCGUCCUCCCUGGGAGACACAUAUACGUGCACAGCAGAAAACAGACAUGGAUCAAGCACCAAAACAUUUACGAAGCCUGACCCUGGACCCUCCCUCACGUCAAUCAAUGUCACAUCAAGGGAGAUAACUGUCACCUGGGAACCUGUUAAGGUAUCUGGCAAUCUGUUUGUGACGGGAAGCCAUCUGAAAUACAACCAGGCGAGUGCGACUUCAGCGACUGUUUCCGAAGUCUCCAUGUUGCUGGGCCACCGAGUGACUGGGCUAUUGCCGUACACAACCUAUGUGUUUGCUGUUUCUGUAACCAACGUCUUGGGAACAGGAUCGUACGGUCACUCGCUCACCAUAACAACGCGAGCAGAAGCCCCUACCUCUCCUGUUGCCGUGGCAGCACGUGUGUUGAAUUCAACAGUCACUGUGACAUGGUUCCACUCACUCCACCUCUAUGGAAACAUUGAUGACGUUGAGUACCAAGUUUCCCUGGUGGCAAGGGGACCCAGUGGCGAAUAUGACACUCAAGUCAAGCAACAGACCCAAUCUGCCAAAAAUACACUUGAAGCCAGCAUUAAUGCCGAGUACGGUUCUUACCAGGUGUCUGUGAGAGCAAUCAACAGCCUCAUCAACAUGAGCAGUGACCCCACAAGUGUCAUGGUGAAUGUGUACAAACCAGCUCCCGUGUUUGUACCACAGAUCACAGUUUCCCCCAUCGACCACCAGUCACUAUCCGUCAGAUGGAAUACAUCUACCACCAACACGCCAGAAGACGUACGGGGCUACGUGAUCUACUACAGGAAGCUCGACAGAGACGACAGGGAAUAUUCCGUGGUGACAGUUGACGGUGCUGCGAAACAUACUGCUCUCAUCUCUAAUCUAGAGGAACAAACUACAUACGAGGUCAAAGUAGCAGCUGUAAACGUAGGAGGCCAAGGUCCUUUGUCUGGCGCACAAUCAACAAAGACCAAACUGAAGCUGUUCAGUUUAGCAGCAUACAGUGGGGUGGACAUGGGUACCAGCGGCCAGAUGCUCGCUGUGCUUGCUGGUUGCAUAUCGCUUUUGCUGCUGCUACUGGUUAUUAUCUGCUUAUGUUUACAACAUCGUCGGCUCAAGAAGAUGGACAGCGUAUCUUUCCUCAAACCGUCGCACAGACUAGAUAGGUUUUACCUAGAAAAUCCCAAGGGUCUGUACAGAGACAAACCCAGACGUCGGGGAGCCAGCACAGCGGGCAGGGGAUUAUACACUUUUACAAACACUGGCUAUUUGUGGGGCUAUGGUGACGGGAUAUCAACAGACAGCGAUGUAGAAUUAGUUAAAACAACGUGGCUUCCGGAGGCUGGCAGAUAUAAUACAACACUUGUCGAGGCACAUCGUGGCGAUGAACGUGGCAUCAGUCGUGUGAAACCCCCACCACUAGGAGAGAUCGAGAUUCUCCCGGACAUUAGAAUCUAUGACAACGCUGACGUCUAUACUUCGGCUGCCAAUGCAGACUCUGGUAUAGCCUAUGACAUGUCUAGCAGUACCGAAAAUUCGGAUGUUCUGGAUAAUUUCAUCCUCCAACCAACGCAUGCAGUUUUACAGUUUGAGGGAACGUCUGGUGAUACAAAUCGUGACCGGAAUUGGGACACAUAUUCUGCAAACAGUGUGACUCUGGAUGUACAGCAUUUUCAGGAGUUAGUCCAACCAUCAUCGCGCUCAGAUACCUCCCCAUCUGGCCAUCAGCAGUUGUGUACUAAUCCAACCCUUGCCAAUCCUUGUCAACAGUACAUUAUAUCAGGAGAUGAGAAUGUUCCCAAUUCACAGUGGGACCUUUCGGUCCUUCCAUCCGAGGCAACUGAGACUACUGAUGUUAUCAUAGAAUCCUCUCAGAGUCCUCUUGUACGAGAUUCCAAUGAUCCUUUGUUGGUGGGGGAACCAGCAUAUGGUUAUAGACACGGCGACCUUGCACACCAGGGCGUGGAGGAAACAACACUUAAAGAGUAUGACUCACUAGAAUCCUCGGGAGAACAUAGGAGAAAGGACACCUUAAUUACAACUGCUAUGGAAGGAGAAUCCAAUGCAGAAGAUGCAAUAAACACAACUCCGGAGCUUAUUGAACAUGUGGCACUUGCUGUGAAGGAAGGACCUAUCGAAGAUGGCGUAUUGGUACCACAGCCACUUAAUGUAACCAAUAUGACACCAUUAGCAACCGAUCGUUUACUGUCACAAAGCAAUGUGGUAGAAGAUAAUGCCGCCUCAUGUGAUGUGCCGACCUAUGUGAGCUCGGCCCGUUUACAGCUCCAUGUGGGUGGUCCAACUGAUAGCAUGCCACAGAGAAAUGCAGACACAGACAUUGAUGAGUUUAUUGAGAAUGCUCCUGAUCCGGAGUCUGAUGGGGCGAGUAUACACUCUUCAGACCUGUUCACAGACAGCGGGGAUGAAACUCAGGCACCACUGUUCAUGUAUGACCAGGACAAGAAAACAGCUGUGUUGUAUUGAUGUAUACACUGGCUGUCCAUGUAUUGACGCGGUGUUGUAUUGAUGUAUACACUGGCUGUCCAUGUAUUGACGCGGUGUUGUAUUGAUGUAUACACUGGCUGUCCAUGUAUUAUGCAGUGUUGUAUUGAUUCAUACACCGACUGUCCAUAUAUUGAUGCAGUGUUGCAAUGAUGUUUACAGUGGCUGUCCAUGUAUUGAUGCAGUGUUGCAAUGAUGCAUUCACCGACUGUCCAUAUAUUGAUGCAGUGUUGUAUUGAUUUAAGCAAUAACAGCUUUGUUGUGAUCUCCUCUUGACAUAACAUAUGACAUUAUUAUGAUUCACUGCCACGGUUUGGAGAACAUUUGACACGAACAGAGGCUAAAAGAAUCUGUCCAAAUUAUAUAUUUAGUCACAUUACCAGUGGCAACCCAAUCGCAGUGUUGAUACAUGUUUGCCAGAGAAACUCAACAUCAACAAUAUUUCACACCUAGCGAAUCCACUGUGACUGCCAGUGUUGUCCUCUAUUGAGGCUUGCCGGCCAGGGUAUACUGAAUUACUUCCAUUCUGAGCCAUACUAGUUCCGGAUACCAUGACUGUAUAUAUGUGUAUAUAUAUAUAUAUAUCCUUGCCAGUGGAAUUUUGCUUUCACACAAUGAAUAUCUGACUUCCGAUAUUAAUGGAAUAGUAUGUGCAGUCGCAAGCAUUUGCCCAGGCAUGUUGGAGAUCAGGCAGUUCCCCAUGUUUGUUCAUGAUGUGAAAGUAAUGUUUCCGAAUAUACAUUAUUUUGAUUGUGAAUCUGAAUGUCCAUUGUAUGAACUAUUUAGGCCACUUAGACGUUAGUCUCCUCAUUGCCAUAUAAUAAUAACAUAUUUUCACUCCAGUGUUUAGUAUUUGUUUUGUAUUUGUAAUGUUUUCACUUUAUAAUAAAUGAUUGCAUAUUAUUUGAUGACAGAA